CAAAACAAGGGCCACAUUCCAAUUGACAAUCGUCUAGAGUGUUACAAAGCCUAUCGUUGCUUCCCAGUUCUUCAAUCAAUACAACUGUGUUCAGAGAGAGCGAGAUCGCGCUGAUGGGCUUCUUCCAAACUCUCCAUCGUGUUCGUCCCCUCCUCAGAUCCAACCUCUAUAAUUCUAGGGUUGCAUGCCGAUGGAUCUCCUCCACCCCGGACCGCCACAAACCCGAGGCCGCGGCAGUAACGGCGCCGGCUCCGGCGCCGACGCCAGAGGUCAGCCCGAGGAGCCCCGUCGGUGGCGCGAGGAUUGAGUUUCCAAAUCUCGACGAUGCGAUUGAGGUGUUUGUGGACGGAUAUCCGGUGAAGAUCCCUAAAGGUAUGACGGUUUUGCAGGCCUGCGAGGUCGCCGGAGUCGAUAUUCCCCGUUUCUGCUACCACAGCCGUCUCUCUAUUGCUGGAAAUUGCCGGAUGUGCCUCGUUGAGGUCGAGAAAUCGCCUAAGCCUGUGGCUUCAUGCGCAAUGCCUGCUCUUCCAGGCAUGAAGAUCAAGACAAAUACGCCAAUAGCGAAGAAGGCGAGGGAGGGAGUGAUGGAGUUCCUGUUGAUGAACCAUCCGUUAGAUUGCCCCAUUUGUGAUCAGGGAGGGGAAUGCGACUUGCAGGACCAGUCGAUGGCAUUUGGCUCAGACCGUGGUCGUUUUACAGAGAUGAAGAGGUCCGUGGUUGAUAAGAACCUUGGACCAUUGGUUAAGACGGUGAUGACUCGAUGCAUCCAGUGCACAAGGUGUGUCAGAUUUGCUUCUGAGGUUGCUGGCGUGCAGGACCUUGGCAUGCUAGGCCGUGGCAGUGGAGAAGAAAUUGGAACAUAUGUGGAGAAACUUAUGACAAGUGAGCUUUCUGGAAAUGUUAUAGAUAUAUGUCCCGUUGGUGCUCUUACUUCAAAGCCAUUUGCCUUCAAAGCUAGAAAUUGGGAAUUAAAGGGCACAGAGAGCAUAGAUGUUACUGAUGCGGUGGGAUCUAAUAUAAGAAUAGAUAGUAGAGGACCAGAAGUCAUGCGCAUUCUUCCACGCUUGAAUGAGGAUAUUAACGAGGAGUGGAUAUCUGAUAAAACUCGUUUCUGCUAUGAUGGGUUAAAGAGACAGAGACUGAAUGACCCUAUGAUUCGUGAUAAUAAUGGUAGAUUUAAGUCAGUGACGUGGCGUGAUGCCCUUUCUAUUGUUGCUGAAGUUAUACAUCAGGUUAAGCCUGAAGAAAUUGUCGGAAUUGCUGGUCAGCUAUCUGAUGCGGAAUCCAUGAUUGCUCUGAAGGACUUCUUGAACAGAAUGGGAUCAAACAAUGUGCUGUGUGAAGGGAAUGGCUCGAGUCCUCAGGCUGAUAUACGGCCUAGUUUCCUUUUGAAUUCAAACAUUGCUGGCCUUGAAAAGGCAGACCUUUUUCUCAUAGUUGGAAGCCAGCCUAGAGUAGAAGCUCCGAUGGUGAAUGCAAGAAUCCGAAAGACCGUUAGAGCAACUCAGGCCAAGGUGGCAUACAUUGGCCCUCCAACCGACUUCAAUUAUGACCACGAGCACAUCGGUACCGGCCCCAGAACCCUCCUUGAUAUCGCCGAGGGUCGCCAUCCUUUCUGCUCCGCCAUCCUUUCCGCCAAGAACCCUGCCAUAAUCGUCGGAGCGGGCCUGUUUGGGCGCAAAGACAAGGACGCCAUUGCCGCGGCUGUUGAGACUAUCGCGAAGUUCGGAAGAGUUACCCGUCCCGACUGGAAUGGCCUCAACGUCCUGCUGCUUAAUGCCGCGCAAGCCGCCGCUCUCGAUCUCGGCCUCGUCUCCGGCCCCGAGUGUAUUCAGUCCGCGAAAUUUGUCUAUCUCAUGGGUGCAGACGACGCGAACUUGGAUGAACUACCGAAGGAUGCUUUCAUGCUCUAUCAAGGACACCAUGGCGACAAAGGCGUGUACAGAGCCAAUGUUAUCCUGCCUUCGACUGCGUUCAGCGAAAAAGAAGGCACGUACGAGAACACAGAAGGUUGUGCCCAGUGGACGGUCCCUGCUGUCCCUGUGGUAGGCAACUCGAGGGACGAUUGGAAGAUCGUACGGGCACUGUCGGAGGUGGCGGGGGUUCGGCUUCCCUAUGAUUCUCUCCCGGCCGUGCGGGCUCGGAUAAGCACAGUGGCUCCAAAUUUGCUGAAAGUCGAUGAGAGGGAGGUGGCAACAAUUUCAGGAGAAUUGAAGCCAGAAUUUCGAGGGAAGUUGAACAUGGCUCCAUUUGGGGUUGCUGUGGACAAUUUCUAUAUGACUGAUUCCAUCACUCGUGCAUCAAAGAUAAUGUCGCAGUGCAGCUCAACAUUGUUGAAAAAAUGAGAUCUUUCUUUUUUUUUUUUGGUUGGAUCUUAGUUUUUUGUAAGUGGAUUGGUGGUCUCUUCGAUGAUACUGUGGUUUUUUAUAGCUGAAGCUGCCUUUUGGUUGCCAUAUUUAAGAUUGUGAUCAUAAAUGGCAAGCAACAUUUCUGUGCCUCGUUGCUCUUUUAACUGGCAAGGAGCUGAUGUAUUUCUUGAGGUCUGAAUCUAUCAUUUUAUAUGCUUGCUUGUGGAAUUGUGAUUGAAAAUUAUUUUAUUUUGAAGCA